UUGUGAGACCUGUCCAAAACAACAGUUCCGCGGCAUUUCAACCAUCCCUGUUUGUUUGGUGGUCGGUCUGUCGAGUUGUCUUUCGGCUUACGACGCCAUCUUUUAGUAAUUUUCGGAUGGUAUAGUGGUCGUAUUUUAUUGGGCGUGUUUCACAUAGUUAAAUUACUUUUCUGAAACUGAUAUUGAAAGUGUAAUAAUUAAUGUAGGUGGAAGAUUGACAAGGAAGAGUGAAGAUUCUUACAUCUUUUACCACUUGGGUAUAAUUUGUGCACUCAUUCAGUAGGCCUACCUAGGCUACAUAAUAAAUGUCACAAUUUGGAGGAGGAGGAUCUAAAAACCCACCAUGGGUUCGUCAAGGUCAGUCAAUGGGUAUGCAGCAGAACCAGAUGCAGCCACAGAUGAUGACACAGAUUGGAAACACUGCGGCGGCAGCCAUGUUGCAGUACCCGCAGGCUCAGAUGUUCCAACAGACCCAGAUGGGGCAGUUGCAGCAGAGUGGAGUAGCAAUGCAAUCGAUGGGUGGAAUUGGAUCCAAUCAAAUGGGAGGUGGUUUGGGUGCAUCUAUUCAACCUUCACCGAGUGCUAUUCAACAACAGCAGAUGUAUUCCCAGGUGGGUGCUGUCAGUUAUCCGACCCGCAGCAUCAUCGCCUCACCGUUCUCCAAUAGCUCAGCUGGCCAGUCCUCUGCUGGUUCCACUGGCUCCCCCAACACUGCUGGCACACCAAAGCAGCGAGUCUUCACUGGCACAGUCACUAAAGUCCAGGACAAUUUUGGCUUUGUGGAUGAGGAAGUGUUCUUCCAAUCUAGUUGCUGUGUAAAGGGGUCCAAUCCUUCAGUGGGGGACAGAGUUCUAGUGGAAGCUAUGUAUAAUGCAAGCAUGCCAUUCAAGUGGAACGCCACCAGGAUACAAGUUCUGCCGAUGGAAAGGGGUUCGGAAUCUAUGCACUCUGGUGGAGGUAGAGUGGGACGGUUCAGCUCAUCGUACAACAGUGUUCCUCCUCCAUCUGAUGAUGUGAUGAGUGGAGGAGGUGAUUUUAGUAGAAGAAACAGAGGACAAGGAUCUAUGAAGAGAAACCGAAGAGAUGAUGAUGACUUUGACAGGAAACGGCGAAGGGAUGACCGAAGAAGUAUUGAUCGCCCUAGGGAAGACAAAGAAAAGGAAAAGGAAAAAGAGAAGGAGAAAGAGAAGGAACGAAUGAAAAGCCCUCCACUCCGCAAACGUAGUAAGACACCAACAAGAAGGAGGAAGACUAGAGUUGUCCCUCGCUACAUGGUCCAGAUACCUAAAAUUGAUCUUGAUAUGCCAGAGGCUGAUGUUAUAGAGAUAAAAAAGCGUUACACCAACAUGUACAUGCCGUCAGACUUUUUCUUGAGCACUUUCAAGUGGGUAGAGGUGUUCCCACCUCAUAGACCUUUGAUUCUGGAUCAUCCGUGCGCAUUCCAUGUGAUGCACAAAGAUGUUGACCCACUAAUAGAGAAUGAUGCUGUUCUAGACCCUCCUGAUGCUGAUUAUCUAUUUUCUGCUAAGGUUAUGUUGCUGAGUAUGCCUGAAUUGGAUGAGAUCUACCAGAAGUGUUGUCUACUAGCCGAUGAGAAGGAAGGAAGUUAUGAUGACCGUGACAGAGGUUUUGUACAUCCCACUCGUCUUGUCAACUUCCUCGUGGGUCUGCGAGGAAAGAAUGAGACCAUGGCCAUCGGUGGUCCCUGGAGUCCUUCCCUGGAUGGGCCAAAUCCAGAGAAAGAUCCUACAGUUCUUAUCAAAACGGCAAUUCGUAAUUGCAAAGCUCUAACCGGAAUUGAUUUAACCAACUGUUCUCAGUGGUACCGCUUUGUGGAGAUUUACUACCAUCGGGCUGAGACCAUUCAUAAGGGGAAGACGGUGCCUGCUCGUGUUGAAACCGUGGUACUUUAUCUGCCAGAUGUGUGGAACUGCCUGCCGACUCGUCUGGAGUGGGAUGGUCUCCUCCUCGACUAUAAGAAACAGCUGGAGCGUCUCCUCAACCCGGACGACGAGGCAGAGGGAGAUGAUAAGGACACCAGUGUUGGAGAGAUUCAAAAGAGAGAACCGAGUCACUAUUCUCAAUUAGAUCCUAAGAUUAUGAAGGUGCAUGAUCUUCGUGAAGAGUUGGAGGCUCGUUCACUGUCGACUAAAGGAUUGAAAUCUCAACUAUCUGCUCGGUUGACAAAGGCUUUGAAGACUGAACAAGAAAAAGAAGAAGAGGCUAAUGGUACAAAGAGUGACGGUAAAUCAGACAAAUCUGAUAGUAAAAAUGGAAAAGAUGAAAAGGAUGAAGAGAAGAACAAAAAAGAGGUUUGUGUCCACAUUAAUCCUUUAUUAAUGUCAAAUUAA